AUCUGCUACUGUAGCAAAGAACGCUUCCACAAAACGCAAAAUAGCACAUUCUGCCAGGUGUACAAAAACAUAAUCUUUGUAAUAUUUCUUUAAGAUAUCUCACCAAGAUCUUUUCUUAAAUCUUUCAUAUCGUUUUCUUAGCUUCCUUAAAGUACAGCAGUUCUGUAUACAGAAAGCCGCUCCGAAAGAACAGUUUGGAACUAGUUCUGAACACACUGAACAGUAUGCGCAGGAAAAUGAUUCAUGGCUACUUCUGAACUAGUUCACUAGAAACUGCUUGUUGGAAGAUUUUAAGAUAAAUCUACCCAUAUUCUGAGAUGUUAGCAAUCCGCGUUUCUGAUAUUACAUCUAAAAGAAUUUGACAUUUUAGACUUGACAACGUUGUUCAACAGCUGUGGGGGCACAUCGGUUAUUGGUUUUUGUUUGGUAACUUGUGUUUAGGUUAUGUUUUUAGAAUCCCCACACGCAAAAUAUAUAUAAACCAUAUAACUAUUAACUUGUACCUGGAUUCUUUCUUACUAAACCCUGGGUAGACGUUCGUUUUUUUCUGCUUAAUUUCCUAUGAUAGAAACUCACAUAAUUUCCGUUAUUCUCGCAAGCACAUAUAAAUUGACCUAUAUUCCAAUUCAUCUCGAUUGACAAAUUAUUUAACUCUAUACAUUUUUGCACGUUUUGCCUUAUCAAUUCAUUUUAUCUUUAGUAAUACAUCUUAUCUGAGAACAAAAAUACUUGUAUAAUAAAUAGUGCAAAUGAAGAUUUUCACUAGAGUGACUUAAUUUUUACGAUAAUGAGCGAUACAAUUCUUGUUACCGGAUUUGGAGAAUUUGGAGUACAUAAAAGGAACGCUAGUUGGGAGGCUGUAAAAUUAUUACCGGACAGUAUUGAUGGUAUAUCCAUCGUCAAAAAAGAAAUUCCGGUUGUAUAUAAUGUCGUCGAUAGUGUAGUACCAGCUUUGUGGAAGGAGCUUAAGCCUUUGCUUGUCAUUCACGUGGGAGUCUCUUCCUACGCAUCAAAACUUACGAUAGAAAAAUGUGCAUACCGAACGGGGUACGUAAAGUGUGACGCACAGGGUAACACGCAUUGCUCAGGCCAGUCAAAAUGUAGCAAUGAGGAUUGCAUCUAUACAGCUAUAGAUACUGAAGCAAUAUGCGAACAUUUGAAUAACACUGGAAAUGUCAAGUUUUGCACGUCUUGCAAUGCUGGAAGGUACCUGUGUGAAUAUAUUUACUACAUGUCCUUGAGUAUCGAUAAGAGGAAAUGUCUAUUCGUACAUGUACCUCCAAUAAACGAACCGUAUUCAACAGAGGAAAUGGCCAAAGCCCUUGAAGAUCUCAUCAAAUGUUGUGUCAAAUGCCAAUAUCAGGAACUGGAAAACGUUUGCUCGACUUUGUAAAUUGCGAUAUGUGUAAUUAUAUUUUUCCAAAUAAAAGCAUAAGAAAGAUCCAUAUGAUGAUGAGGUUGAAGAUCUAUAUAUAAGUAUCAGAGGAGUUCAAAUAGGUAGUUCAAUCAAAAAAUUGAAAUUUGUAGUGAUGGACUAACUAAAAGGUCACGACAGGGUGUGGUGUAGAUUUUCCGAUUUUUUUUUAAGCCUAUAUUUUGAAAAGUUCACGAUAUAUUUUUCUAACCAUGAUGACUUGGCAUAUUUGUACCGUAGUUAGGGAACAGUCUGAAUAUAAAUUGAAUGGAAUGCACCCUAUGUUCCAUGUUUUUUGUGUUUCUUACACAGCUCCAAAUAAAAACAUGAACGAAAUUUGUUUUGACAUAGAAUCUGGGUAGUAAUGUAAUGCGUAACUCUUCAGUAAACAUACCUGUAUGUAGUGGCUCAACUUUAAAUAAAACUAAUUCAUACUCCUUAAAAAAAUA